AGCCCUGCCUUGGGGUGGGGCUUUGGGCGCCGGAAGCUCGUGCGGCUCUUUGCGCCCGACCGCGCGCCCUCCAACCAUGGCGGUUCAGGCGAAGCGCCGGCGGGUGACCGGGCCUGUGGGCAGCGGCGACGACAAGGACCUGGACCCGGACCCGGUGGCCGGCUUCCUGAGCUGGUGCCGGCGCGUGGGGCUGGACUUGAGUCCUAAAGUGGCGGUGAGCCGGCAGGGCACUGUGGCCGGCUACGGCAUGGUGGCCCGGGAAAGCGUACAGCCUGGGGAGCUGCUGUUCUCGGUGCCGCGAGCCGCGCUCCUGUCGCAGUACACCUGCUCGAUCGGCGGCCUGCUGGAGCGAGAGCGAGGCGCACUUGAGAGCCAGUCCGGCUGGGUGCCACUGCUCCUGGCGCUGCUCCACGAGCUGCAGGCCCCGGCCUCACCCUGGAGCCCUUACUUCGCGCUCUGGCCGGAGCUGGGCCGCUUGGAGCACCCCAUGUUCUGGCCCGAGGAGGAGCGCCGGCGGUUGCUGCAAGGCACAGGGGUACCUGAGGCGGUAGAGAAGGAUUUGGCCAACAUCCGCAGCGAGUACUACUCCGUUGUUCUGCCCUUCAUGGAAGCCCACCCUGACCUGUUCAGCCCCAGGGUUCGCUCCCUGGAGCUCUACCACCAGCUUGUGGCUCUCGUGAUGGCCUACAGCUUUCAGGAACCACUGGAGGAAGAGGAGGAUGAAAAAGAGCCAAACCCCCCUUUGAUGGUGCCUGCUGCAGACAUCCUAAACCACUUAGCCAAUCACAAUGCCAAUCUAGAAUACUCCUCGAACUGUCUUCGGAUGGUGGCUACUCAGCCCAUUCCUAAAGGCCAUGAAAUUUUCAACACUUACGGGAAAAUGGCUAAUUGGCAGCUGAUUCAUAUGUACGGUUUUGUUGAACCAUACCCUGACAACACAGAUGACACAGCUGACAUUCAGAUGGUGACAGUUCGUGAGGCAGCUUUACAGGGAACAAAAGGUGAAGCUGAAAGGCUCCUGCUGCAGGAGCGCUGGGACUACUUAUGCAGACUGGAGAUGGUGGGGGAGGAAGGAGCCUUUGUGAUUGGGCGGGAAGAGGUGCUGACAGAAGAGGAACUGACCACCACGCUCAAGGUGCUGUGCAUGCCUGCUGAGGAGUUCAGAGAGGUUCGAGACCAGGAUGGAUGGAGAGAUGAGGAAAGGGAAGAGGACAGCCUGACAAUCACAAAUAUCCCCAAGCUCAAAGAAUCAUGGAGGCAGCUUCUACGGGACAGUAUUCUGUUGACCCUGCAAACCUAUGCCACAGACUUAAAAACUGAGCAAGAUUUGCUCAGUAAUAAGGAGGCGUACACCAAACUCAGCUGGAGGGAACAACAGGCCUUACAGGUUCGUUACGGACAGAAGAUGAUCUUACACCAGUUGCUGGAACUGACAGGUUAAGCUAAUAAGCAGGUUCCCUGUGCCUGGAACUGGAACAUCCAUGAGACAUCCACAGGAACUUGAUUCUAAGGUGAUAUUCAAUGAUGCUCAAAAAGGAGGAAAUUCUGGAUCUUUGUUUGCUUUUUCAUAUUAAAUACCAGAAGGAAAAGGAACAAAGGUGUCUAAGAUGAACUCUGAGGUAAGGGGACACGUUUAAGGGUUGGGGAUAGCAGACUUGGGAAUUGCUGAUUGUCACCAAAACCAAUACCCACUUUUUUAGUUACUACCAUUGUUGUCUUGUUUUCAGUUUGCACGAAGGUUAGCAGUAUGAUUCUGAUCAUGAAAGGUCUUACUGUCAUCUAGUGUUUGAUAGCACAGACUUUGAAAGGAGACCUGGCGCUUUACCUUCUAUAAAACAAACUUUGUUUCCUUCCUCUUAAAGGACAGAGUGAGUGAGUGAUGCCACUGGCACUCAGAGCAUCUGUUUUAACCCCUCAGCACUCUGAAGUCUGCUCCAGGUGGCACCACUCACUCUCCUGCAGGGAAGGAAGCACAUGACACCAAUGACAUCAAAGCCUCACUUCAUGUAAGAUUUCCUGUUUAGCCCUGGACAUUUGUCCUCUCUGGCUAUAAAACUUGAUAGCCAUUAAAAGUACAAAAUAUUAUUAUAAGGGGGAUAAGUUUUAAAUAUAUACCUAUUCCUUUCUUUUAAAAAUAGAAAGCAUUUUUAACUGUUAGAGCAGGUUUCUAUGGUUAAUUUUCUACUGUUGAAAAGGAACAGAAAAAUACUAUGUAAAAAAAAAAUCACUUGUUUAUUUGAACAUGCCAGAUGUCCAAAAGUAGUGGUAAAGAUCUACCAUUCAGCAAGAAGCUGGUGGUUCCCAAAGACCUUGGGCUUUGCAGGGGUGGGCUGUCCACUUUCCUCCUUACCUCUAGCACUGGCUGCUGCUACUGAGAAAAGGCACAGUGGACUCAUGUGUGUGUCAUGACUUUAAUGUUGCAUUGACUACAGUAUGCAUACACAUACAAGAAGGAGGGGAGCUAAAGCCCAGGAACUAAAAAGGCUACAAAAUACAACACGGACCAAUACAUUUACAAAACACUCAAAAUCCUUACCAAAGGGACUGACGGUAUUGGUCCUUUUGACUUUUGUUGGUAUUCAUUCAACUUAGCCUGGGAUAAAAGGGGAGGGCAGUUCAUACUAUUGGUUCCCUUUCCUCAGUUUACAAUUAACAGAGAUGGGGGAGCUUUAGGCCUGCUCUGGUUUCCCUUUAUAAAAAGGGGAUGCUUUCCAGCAGUUGCUCUAAGUUUGGAGAAGGGACAAAGCAAAACCCGUAGGAUUGUAACUGUGGGCUCUUUCCAGGUUCUCUGGUAUACUAAAUUCUACCACAUCCACAUUUCAACAACUUGGUAAUCUUCAAGGUCCCCUGUCCACAUUAAAAAAAUAAGUUACAUAAUAUUUAAACUGGCUUUUUUGGUUUUUUCUUUUUUUUUUGCGCUACUUCUUUGGGACACCAGGAAUGUCAGAAGACAUGGAACUAUGUCCCCAGACAAGUGCACAGCAGCAGCAGCAUCUUCAAUAAUAAGCUGGACAGGUACCAGUUUAUAUACUUGCCUUGGACAUAUUUUGCACAAACCCAAGAAGUUCCAGACAAAGGUUUUCUCUGUCAUAUAUUUACACAAGUUCAAAAUGAUAUUCACAGCAUUUUCUAAAUUUUGGCCAAGAGUCAAAAAAUGCAUUUAAACUUUGGAACGUGCCCACAGAGACAGGAAACUGACCCAAACAGUAAUUGGGGCAGGUACCCAAGAACCAAAGGGCUGAGAAAGUCAGAAGAGCUGAACGGGUUCCUCAGCCAGUUUAUGAACGUGGUGCUCUGGGACAGCCAGGCUGACAGUUCACAACAGAGAGGUGGUUCCAUCUAACUGGCACCCGUCCCUUCCAUUACUUGCUGAGCCUGCUUCUGUCCCAUGCAGCACUGUGCAACCGACUGGAACAACCUGAAAAAGAGAGAGUGCAAGUCUGUGAGAGAAAUUCAGGCCUGAUAAUAUUUUGUGUCUCAUUCACUUUAACAACUACCUCCUUUUUAAUAAUCCACCCAGGCUGAAGCCAUCAAAUGAUCCUCAUUCCGUCCCAUUAAGACAAUUAAAAAAUUACUUUUAACUUACUUUUCAAUUUCUGGGGCACAGUGUACAAACUCAUGGUUCCAGAACUUAAAUGCUGGAUUUUUAAUCAGCUCAAUGAAGGUAAUAAGCAGACCCCAAGGAUGUGGCCUAUUUACAAUCAACCGUUCCAAGAGAACCCUGGAGAAGGAGAGAAUAGGUUAAUAUUACACAGAAACACACAGAUUCAGAACCACUUUUCCGAUACUUUUUUUUUUUUUUUUGCCUAACUCUUCUCCUGAUUAUUAAACCACAUGCAAAAAUUGUUAGCUUUACUAAAGACUAGUGGAUCAAUCUCUGUCCUCUAUACUGCAUAGGUAAUGUAGGGAGAAUUGGAGUUAGGAAACCUAGCUUUGAGUCCUGCCUAUUCCCCUGAGCCUAAGAGACUAAGUUACAGUCAAGUGAGGACAAUAUCAGAUUACAUGGUGCAAGAAAGUAAUCACUCAAAGAAUGCAUUCAGCCCUGGCUGGCCUGUGAACCAGAGUCUCCAGUUCAAUCCUCAGUCAGGGCACAUGCCUGGGUUGCAAGCCAGGUCCCCAGUAGGGGGCGCAUGAGAGGCAACCACAAAUGAUGUUUCUCUCCCUUUCUCCCUCCCUUUCUAAAAAUACACAAAUAUUUUUUUAAAAGAAUACACAAUUUAAGGAAAUAAAUUCUAAUACCACUAGUACAUGUAUAAACUGGUACUUUUUUUGAAUAGCAGUUUAGUACCGGCUUAAAUAUUCAUAUCUUUUACCUAGCCAACUAUAUUUCUCAAGAAAAUAAAGCAUAAGAACAAAGAUUUAAGUUCAAGGAAGUUUACUACAGCUUUAUAAAUAAUCACAAGACAGGACAUUAUCACUACUUAAUUUCCAGUAUAUAAAUGUACCAGACUACUGUUAUCUAAUAUCCACAAACUACUAUUAUAAGUGAAGGGGCAAGUUUAAAAAGUCUGACCCAGUUUGUCAAGUACAUGCAUCCAUACUUCUCUCACUAGAAUCUACCCAUUGCUCAAUCUCCAGUGCUGUAUAUUGUCCAAGCGAUAUACGAAAGAUUCUUAACUACUGUCUGGAAAGCACAAGUAUGAUCCUAUUAUUUCUGCUGCUUAAAAACCUUUUAACCUAGAGAUAAGUCCACAUGCUUUAACAUGGGCUUUAAUAGGCCCGUGUGACUCAGGACUCGGGUUAAAAAUUGCACUGCCACCAACACAUGAGCUUAAAAAUGUUGGUGUCUUGCUGCAAACUACUUAUUUCAGCAGUGAUUAUUACCUGUAGCUGCAUGUCAUUGUUCACAACCAUAUCCCAUAUUAAACACAUAAAAAGAUGCUCAAAGAAUUCAUAGUAAAAGGGCUGAGGCACAACUAAGAAGCAUCUGAAAAAUCUCUUACCUUGUGAUCUGUUCUUGGAUAGCUUCAGUGUUUGCUUCUGCAAAAAGGUAUAGCAUGGUGCAGCUGAAGUAGUGAGUGUGGCUAUUUGGGUACCGCAGCUGGUUUGCUAUUGCAUUUAAGAAGAGAUACCGACCUACAAAUCAAAAAAAAAUCCAGCUUAGUGAGGACUUACUUUAUAAGGCCAAGAUAAGAAGGCAAAUCAUUUUACUGGUUAGGAUUUAGAUUUCUACUAUAGGUUUAAAAAUUAUCCUACAGUUUUUAGGUCCCCAAGAGUUUUUAUUUCUGUGCAUUUUAUUUCAGUAUUUCUACAUUAAAAAGUUUUCCCCCAAGAGACUUAGUGCAGGGUGUCACUGGUUUAAUUCACCAGUCUCUUUAUUGCCACUUAAGAGAAGACAGCUGGAUUGUCAUUUCUGCCUUUGUUCAAUCUGCUCCAGUAUUACAUUUCGUGUAGCCUCUGGAAAACUCCAUACACUCAUUACAACCUGAGUGCAAAAACCAAGAUACUAUGAAAAUAGUUUUGACCUCACAGCCCUUCUAAAAAGGGUCUUGAACUCCACACCAAGGGUUCUCAGACCACACUUGAGAACCACUAGUUUAAAGUAUAUUGGAAUGAGUAUUUAUUAACUUGGCUCAGUUGUCUGGCCUCUGCUCAGUAUUACUUAUGUUUAACGUGUCCCUAAGGACUACUUUCUUUUUGCUCGGCUUGGGACGUGAUAUUCACUUUUAUUAAAUCUUGAUUUUAAGCUGACUCAAAUCUCUUCUACAAAUAAGCCAACAAUUUAUACAUACUCAAAAUUAACUAGCUUCUCAAGAAUCCAGAGCAAAGUCAAAAUAGGCAGGCAUUCUUCUAAAGUGUAUGUGUGCUAAGGUGAGGACUGUAUAGAAUUGGUGAGUACCUAGUGAAUCUCUAUUACUUAAGAAUACAGAAUGUGAAAUACAGUUCACAGGCAACCUAGAAUAAAGUUAUACUGUGAGCUUUUUGCCAAGCAAGUAGGGAAACUCCCAUCCAUGCACGUUUAUACACCUAAUGUCAAUGUCCUGCCUGCCAAGUAAGCACCAGUAAGGGAAAAGGGGAAAAAGGCAGGUUAACAGAAUGUUAACAUUAAUGCUAUUUUUUAAAGAGGCUAAUAAAAGGAACACAUUUAUUUUGCACACUAAAAAAGUACUGCAGUGACAUACACUGGAAUAUUAACUGAUGUGGUAAGCACUCUGGAUGGUUCUUUCCUUUAUGCUGUUUUGCACUGAGCAGAUACUAUCCAACUAAAAAUAGCCAGGCAUACCAAUAAACAUUGACAGAACA